GGGACAAAAGUAUUAUACAUUAGAAGGAUUUAACCGUCCAUUAUUAAGGCAUGAGUUGUUAAAACUAUAAUCUAUUAAAUAUUUUAAAAAUACACGUUAAAGGAAAUCUAUUUAAAGACAUAUUAUGUUAUAACACUACUUAAAAUCAUAAAACAGCGCACUCUGACAAACACCCGGACUCUUAAUUUUUCACGCGGCUGUUUCGCACUUUUGGCCAGCCAAGGAAGUGUUUUCGCAGUCCCUGAAGCCGAUAGUGGACUUCUUGGUCUAUUCUGUUGAGCUCAGCCGUGUACAGGGCCUUACUACGCCAUUGACUCUCUACUCCUGGUUUGCUUUUGCUUCGUGCGUGUCUGCGGUGACUUUGCCGCCCUUCGGCGAGCUUGCAGCCACAGAGCAGAAGCUGGAGGGAAAUUUUCGUGGGAAACAUUCUGAGCUCAUCACCAACUGCGAGCAGAUUGCCUUCUUGGGUGGAGAGCGCCCUGAGAAAGAUGUUCUCAACAGCUCCUUUGCAGAGCUGAUGUCACACUGCAGACGGACUAUCAAUGCGUCCUUCAACUCGGAGGUCUUGCGACAAUACUUGAACAAGUACUUUUGCACGGUGAUCGGCUUAAUUCUCAUAGCUAGGCCCUUGAGGAAUCGGGCGCCUGAAAUGGGGGAGCUUCGAAAUGAUCAAAUUGCGCAGUACUUUACAUCCACCUGGAGAAAUAUGGAGGCCAUGGCCACAGCAAUUCAGGACCUUUUUGAGCUCACAAACCGGAUUGGCCGACUGAGCGGUUUUGCAACGCGCGUGCGAGAGCUCAUGCUUGGGCUGCAAGUCCGGCCUCCUGUGUUGUCCGAGGAGAUCGAGGCAGCCAAACAAGGUGAGAAUCCGCCUAUCUUCCAAAAGGGAGAGCAUCUUCAGUUUGAACAUGUCUCCGUUUACAGGCCUGAUGGAACCUUGUUGGUGAAAGACUUGAACUUUACCGUUGAGAGAGGCCAACGAGUUCUCGUAACAGGUGGCAACGGUUGUGGCAAGUCAAGCUUGUUUCGUGUCAUUCGGAAGCUUUGGCCAUUAGUUGAAGGGACGAUUACGAUGCCGCCCGACAAGGAGAUCUAUUUUCUCACGCAGGUGAACUUUGUCCCCUAUGGUUCUUUGCGGGACUUGGUUAUUUACCCGCAGUCUCAUACAGAAAUGCUGGCCUCGGGGAGAACUGAUGAAGACGUUCGCGUUUGCUUGCGCUGGGCGCAUGUCUCGCCUACUGUCAUUCAUGACGGCCGAGCACAGCUUGAAUUCAAUGACCAGGGGAACGUCGUCCGGCCUGGCCUGAAUGAUGUUAGAGACUGGCAGAAAGACCUUUCACCUGGUCAAAAGCAGAGGCUGGCAUUUGCAAGAUUGUUUUAUCACAGGCCCAGUUUCGUAGUCCUGGAUGAAUGUACCAAUGGCAUUUCACCUGACGUGGAGCAUGACCUCUAUGACCGCUGUACUCGCCUGAACCUGGCGGUGUUCUCCAUAUCUCACAAAAUAGAACUCAAGCUUUUUCAUGAGAGAGAGCUGCAUUACCACGGUGAUCUGAAAGGGUCGUGGACAAUGAGGGAAUGCUCCCAGACGCGUGACAAGAUCACUCGGGCAUCGUCAACCGUAAAGCUGCCUGAGCCUGACAAAGCAGGCAAGAAAGAAUCGAGAAUAACCUAUGAGAGGCAUGUUUGGUUCGCUGAAUGAUUGCGGCAAUUGCUGCUUGAAUUCCGCAUUCCGGGUUUGGUGUGUGUGUGUGCGUGUGUAUGUGCUUCUUGAGGAGAACACAAAAGUGUUACAGUAAAGAACGGGUCAGCUUGAGAGAGAUGCAAGAUGCAAG